UUUCUGCAAAAGUGAGUUGUUUGGUGCUGUUUUUUAAUCAUUUUCAUCAUCACCAUCAUCGAGAGGACUUGUUGAUAAUAUUUCUAAAGAUCCAGCUCCCAGACAUGAAUCCCGAGCUGAAGGAAUGGGUCAAGAGGAACAGCUCCGUGGCGGGCAAGGAGGAGGAUUUCACCGUCUAUGAGGUGGAGACGAAGAAGAAGCAUGAGGACAAGGCCAACAAGGUCCGCGUGGUGGCGAUCGGGCCCGAGAACGACCUCGAGACGAAGACGGUGCUGCUCCUCGGGGAGACCGGGGUCGGGAAGACCACGUUCCUCAACACGUUCCUCAACAUGGUGUUCGGCGUCGCGCUGGAGGACGAGCUCCGCCUGCAGCUGCAGGACCAGAUGGACCGCGCGAAGGACUCGACGCAGAGCCAGACCGAGUACACGACGGCCUUCACCAUCUACCGGCAGGAGGGGAUGCCGCAGCCCUUCAACUACAUGGUGAUCGACACGCCGGGCCUGGGAGACACCGAGGGCGAGCGGAAGGACAAGGUCAACGAGAAGUGCCUCAGGUUCUAUCUGACCAACGAGAGCUGGAUCAAGCACCUCAACUGCGUGGGUCUGGUGUGGAAGGCCUCCAACCAGAAGCUGGACGGCCGGAGCCAAGAAAUUCUGUCCAACAUCAACAAACUCCUUGGCUUUGACAUUAAGGGGAUGACAGACAUUCUCCUUACAUUCUCCACCUUUGAAGAGUCUGCUGCGACACAGGUCAUUCGGAAGUCUGGCAUCAACUACAAGGAAGUAUUCCACUUUGACAACAUACCCCUUUACCAGUGCCCAAAGCAGAAAGAGAAAAAGAAGUUGCACGCAUUCAUGUGGGAGUCCAUGGUGGAUAAUUUCAAGACGUUCCUUGAAGAACUGAACCAGAGGCAGCCUCAGGAGCUGAAGAUCACAGCGCGACUUCUCCUCGCACAAGCCAAGCUGGAGGACGCACAGACGCGCUUGAAUGCCAUUGACCAGAGUUCAGCGCUCAUGUCAGACCAGCUCCAGACUCAGCAGGCAAAGAUGAGCGACCUAGACGCCAUGGCAACGAGUGUGGACUGGCAGAAGAUCGAGGAACUGGACACAAGCAGCGAGGAGAUUGUCUUGGACGACGGACGGCAUUGCCACUACUGUACACAGUGCCGGAAGGUGUGCAUUCCCGCGUGCACAGACGACCAUCAGACUGCAAUGUGUUCCUCUGAAACGGAGUGUUCCCCGAUGGAGACGGAGGAAGAAGAGGAACCGGAGUGUGGCAGCGUGGUGCUUGACACGACGGAUGCGAUAGGGCGGCAUUCGCAAGCACUAGCCGUUGCUGGACAAGGGAUAGCUUCAUCGAUAGCGGCAGUGGUGUCCCAGAUCGCGACGGUAAUAGUGCAACUCGGCAGGGUCAUCUUGGGUGCCAUCAGGUCGGUGCGAUCCGAGGGCAAGACGCAGACCUUGCACUCGAACGAGGGAAGUCGGCGGUGCCGGUGUGUCAGCAUCUGGUGUUGAAGCACGAGAUCAGAAACAAGAUCUUGGCCAAGGACGCCAACUUCGAGCAGAAGAUGGAACUGAUGAAGAAGAAGAAGUUCAUGGAGGUGACGGGAGAGAAGAACUUCCUGCAGUCGGAGAUCGAGGUGGUUCAGGCACAGCUUAGCGAAUUCGAAAGGAGGAGAGAGGAUGAACUAAGAGUCCUGCAGGAGAAGCAGAAGGAGAUUGAGAAGCUGCAGACCGGCCAGUAGAGAAUUCUUCCUUUCCAACACUCAUAUAUGUGGACACUAUCAUCCCCCAUAUUCAAUUCUGUUCCAAAGGAUAUUUAUACACCUAAUAUUUUUUAAAGAAUUACCUGUUAUUUUAUAUAUUAUUCCCUAUCGUGUAGUAGAAAAAAGAGUAGAUAAUUUAUUAAGCUAUUAAUAAAGCUAGAAUAUAAUCAAAUGUGGAAAUUGUAAUGGAGAAAAAUGUAGACAUUUAUAGCGUUUUUUUCUUGUUUGAAUUCAGUCAAUUGUCAGAAAAAUGUAUAGAGCGCAAUUUUGUCUAUUUGAUAAUAAAAUGAUUAAGGUUU